AGCACAAGGUUGAAACCAGCGUUGCCGAGCGAGAGAAACAGAGCGCCCCCUGUCCAAGUGGUCAGGUCCAGGACACCCUCCACGCACGCACUGAUGGAACCCCUGGUGUUCGUGCUGCUCUUGGUGGCCAUGCCACUCAGAGGAUCAGAUGGCGCGUGGUGCGUGUGCCGCCCGGACGUGUCCGAUGCGGCGCUGCAGAAGACGCUGGACUACGCGUGCGGGCACGGCGCGGACUGCGCCGCCGUGCUCCCGACCGGGCCGUGCUACAGCCCCACCACUGUGCGCGCGCACUGCUCCUACGCCGCCAACAGCUACUUCCAGCAGAACAGCCAGGCCAACGGCGGCGCCACCUGCGAUUUCGGCGGCACGGCCAACCUCACCGACACAGACCCGAGCUCUGGAACUUGCAAAUACCCUGCAACACCAAGCGAAGCAGGGACAAGCGGCAACGCCACCGGCACGGGCACGGCACCGCCAGGCUCGACGAGUAACCCAGCUACGACGCCCAGCAUGGGAGGGAGCGUCACGACGACACCUGUCGGCGCGUUUGGUCCCGCGCCUAGCACCUUCAGCGCGGCCACCGCCACUGCCGCCGCGUUUGGUGGUCGCCGUGCCCUCCUCCUCGCCGUCGUCUCCGUCCUGUCUUUCUUGGCGCGCUAACUUGCUCGAUCAGAAGAAAUCCGUAGCAUCGUCACCCUAUGUGUAAUUGGCGGCCGCACAGGACAGGGCUUUUUUUUUGGUGUCAUGCCGUCAUCGUGAAUAUUUCACAAUUGUUCGUUCUUCUCUCUCAUGUUUCUCGCGGUUUUCAUUACUUCCGCUCAUGAAAAAUGGAUCGAGUUU